ACCAAAGCCAAAUCACAUGUCACUGGACGUCUCCCAGCACAGGGGCACAGAGGACUCAGACCUGUCCCCAGUCUGGAGGGAACCUGGCAACUGAGCAGACCCUGAUGACGCUUCCAGUGAACGCUCAGAGCCGGAUGUGGGGCUGCUGAGCUGAGGGUGUUGCAUUUUACAGAGCGUGGUGGGCACAGGUGGGUUCCUGAUACAGCAGGGACCAGCAAGGAACUGCGUGGGUCAAGGUCCCAGCUGCCCAUCAUGUCUGCAGGUGGCAGAACAGCUCCAGCACACCCAUCCCUCGCCACAGCCCCCGGUGCGGAGGUGUAGCGUGGGGACAGAUGGACGGGCCGUGGUGGGAUGAGCCCUGCCCUGCACCUGCUGCUGUCUCUGGCCAGCUGCUCCCUCCUCUGGGGGAUGCUGCUGCGGCCACGGCACGUGAGGCUGGAGGCACAGAACUUCCACGUGUGGCUGCGGUGGGAGCCGGACCCCAGCUCGCCCAGCCAUGCCACCUAUCAGGUGGAGUGGAGGAAGCGGACCUCGAGCUGGAUCAAGGCAGAUGCCUGCAGGGGGAACAGCACUGGCUCCUGGGAGUGUGAGUUGUAUUUUGACAGGAUCCACGAUAUCUACUGGGCACGGGUGAGAGCGGUGGCCGGAGGCGAGCAGUCUGAGUGGGCCAGUUCCAGCGAGCUGCAGCUGUACAGAGACACAAUUGUGGGGCCCCCCAAGUUGUCCUGGCUGCUCCGGGAUCAAAUCCUCCACGUGAACAUCGCCGUGCCACUCACUCCCUACCAGAGAAGAACUGGUUCCUACAAGCCAGUGGACAGAGUGCUGCUGAAACUGUGGUACUGGCUGCACCUGUACGAGGGGGACCUGCUUGUCCAGCAGGUGCCCUGCAAACGGAGCAGCGAGGAAGUGCCGUGCACCUUCGGGCCCCUGAAGCCCAGCACACGGUACUGCGUCCGGACGGCAGCCGCUGGCAUGGCCAGGGAGAGGAGCCGGGAGGCCGAGCAGUGCCUGGUGACUCCGGCAAGCCCCCCAGGCUUUCCCUGGCUUCCUGCCAUGCUGAGUGCCUUCUUUGUGCUUCUGCUGCUGAGUGUGGCCGGGUGCUGCUUCAUCCAGCUGCACAUAUUCCUUAAACCCUCGGAGAUGCACCUCCCAAAAACACUGGCACUCCUGAACAACGAGCUGAGUGUGGCCAUCCGGAUGCCUCCCCUCGAGCUUGAGGAGGAGCCGCUGGCCCUGCUCCUGCAGACUGUGCUCUCCUCCUGUGGGCCACCUGCAGCAGGACAGGCAUCGCCCACGGUCCCACUGUUCCUCCGAGGCCUCGCACAGGACAUGACCAGCUACUGUGCCAAUGGGUUUGGCCUGGGCUGCCCCACGGGAAGCGACCCAUCCUGCACCCACAGCCUGCUGGAACAUGCCUUGGGCUCCCAGGUCCCAUCACAGCCGGAAAAAGAUGAGAAAAGUGACGGGGAUGAUGUGCCGGAGCAGCUGGUGCCAGUGGGACUGACCAGAAACAGCUACAUAGGUGACAGGGACAGCCGUACACCCAAGACCCUGCACCUCCAGCUGUAUUCUAAAUGCCAGUGCCCAGCCCUGGGAGUAGGCAGCCACCUUCCUCUGCCCAUACCCAGCAGGAGCUGCAGUCAGGAGGACCUGCGGGAGGGUCUCGGCAUGGCUGGGCACUGGGUCCCACUCAGCUCCGUGAAGCUGCCGGCCAGUGAGGAGGAGGAGGGAGGGCAGCUCCUCUGCGCUCUCCAGUCCCUGCCUGGCGUUGAGACUGAGCCAGGUGACAGCACCAUGCAGCGAGGCCACUCAGAGCAGGCAGCACCGGGCAUCCCCAGCCCCUGCCAGCCACUGCCUUCGCCCGGCAACGUCCUGCAGGCAGCUGCCUUCUCCGGCUACGAGCCACGUGCCCCACCUGGGCCACCGUGAGUGGGGGCACCCUGGGGAUCUCCGGGAGCCCCCAGCUCCCAGCACAGUCCAAGGUGCCCCCCAGCCAUGGUGGCUGCCUGCCCCAACCUGCUGGUGCCAGGCUGGGGACAGGGCAGGGGCAGGUUCCCAUGGGCAGGCACAGGUGUGCUCCAGGCUUGGCUGCCAUGGAUGGGCAGGAUCCGCAUCUCCAGAGCUUCCCUUCCAGGAUUUUGGUGCUAUGGAGCUAAAGCACAAGGAGAAGAGACCAAAGUUCAACUCCCAAAACUCUUAUCUAUUUAUCUACUUGUAUGUGUGUAUAUGUGAUACAGUAUCUAUACUAAUGCAAAUUUAUGUAACACUCAUAUAUAAACCCUCUUUAAUGAAAGAGGAGAUUGGGGUUUUUUACUUCUCUGGAAAUACUGACUGUGUGCU